UUUGUUAUCUAAAAAACACAAUAAUAAAAUAUACUAUUCAUCGUUCAGUUUGUGAGAGUAGAGAGUAGUCUCUAAAACUGAUGCAACGCACUUUGAUUAAACAAUACAAUCAACUUUAAUUAGUUUUGUUUUUUUUAGUUUAAGUUAAUCAACAGAUCAAAUUCAUAUUCCAUUAUGUUAAAAAUAUGCAUAUUGUUAAUAUUUGGCGGAACGCUAUGUUUAGGAUUAAGUGAUUUUCAUCCAUUAUCCGAUAAAUUCAUCAAUCAAAUCAAUAAACAUUCAUCAACAUGGACAGCUGGCAGAAAUUUUGCCCCAGAUGUUUCAAUGAAAUACAUCAAGAGAUUGAUGGGAGUACAUCCCGAUUCACAUAAAUACCGUUUACCAGAAAAGGAGGAUCAUUUAUUAAUGUCAGUUCAAGAACUACCAGAAAAUUUUGAUGCACGUCAACAAUGGCCACAAUGUCCAACAAUUCGAGAAAUUCGAGACCAAGGCUCGUGUGGAUCAUGUUGGGCAUUUGGAGCUGUUGAAGCCAUUUCGGAUCGUUUUUGUAUCCAUUCCAAUGGUACCAAACAUUUUAGAUUUUCUGCAGAAGAAUUAGUUUCAUGUUGCCGAAUUUGUGGAUUUGGAUGCAACGGUGGUUUUCCAGGUAAUGCUUGGCGGUAUUGGGUAAGCAAAGGCUUAGUCAGUGGCGGAUCAUAUGGUUCAAACCAGGGAUGUCAACCUUACGAAAUUCCACCAUGCGAACACCAUGUAAAUGGUACACGUCCUGCAUGUAGCGGUGAGGGUAAAACUCCCAAAUGUAAAAAGGAAUGUACAAACUCAGAAUAUUCUGUUCCAUUCAGAAAGGAUUUACAUUUUGGCCAACGAGCGUACUCAAUCAGUAGUGAUCAAGACAAAAUUAAAAUGGAAAUUAUGCAAAAUGGACCUGUGGAAGCUGCUUUAACUGUUUAUGAAGAUUUAUUACAUUAUAAAUCAGGUGUUUACCAACACGUCCAAGGUAAAGUUUUAGGUGGCCAUGCAAUUAGAAUGUUAGGCUGGGGUGUUGAGAAUGGUACACCAUAUUGGAUAAUUGCAAACUCAUGGAACACUGAUUGGGGUGAUAAUGGAUACUUUAAAAUAUUACGUGGAUCUGAUCAUUGUGGUAUUGAAUCUGGAAUUGCAGCUGGACUCCCUGCAUAGGAUUCAAAUUAAUUUUUAUUAUUUGAUAAUCUUACUUAUCAUGACAAUUAAUUUUGGUGAUAAAAUGAAUUUAUUUAUUUUUUGUUACCAAAUGUAAAAAAACGUAAGAAUGAAUAAUUCCUAUUUUUAUCUAAA